AUGUGGAAUACCGGUACUUUCAUUAUUGAUGCUCGCAACACUAAACAGCCAGAAAAAACCGCGAAAAUCAUAACAAGUCAUGCUGCGAUUCCCGGAGUACUGUUCUUUAAUCCCAGAGACUGCACCACAGAAAGGUUUCACCGCAGAAAGAACAACUUUCUCCGUUUUCUUGGCUUUGUACUGUUCUACUUAUCUGACAGUGCGCUGAUCAUCCAUUAUGUCGGCUUUGCCAUACCGAUUGCAGAGAAGCUGAUUCUGUCGACUUAUUUCAUGGCGCAGUACUUGAUUCUUUGGGGCACUUCACUCAGCUACAAUUCUCAACAAGUUCAUUCGCAGUGGAGCAGUCAGUCCACUGUAAAGUGA